GUAAGGCCUCCGCUGCCUCCUCCCUGAGCAUCUUUUGGUGCAGAUGAGGCUUUUCGCAUCUUUUCUGCCUCACUUUUUCAUCUCCGCAAUGGUGCUCCUCUGCCGCACGUCGGCCUUCCAGAUCUCGAGAGCGAUACGUGCUAUGAAGGGGCCGCAAGGCGGCCGGCCCUCACCAUGGAAGAUGCAGUCAUCGACAACAGACAAAUAUCGCCAAGAUCCACCGAAGCCCAGGAAGGUGCGUGGCCACGCAGCUAGUCAGCACGAUGAAGGGACGACAGCUGAUCUGAUCUGAUCAUCUUUGCAAGGAUGCAUCCAUAAUGCAUGCGCUGUGUUCGCCAGUUUGCCAUCCGUCCCGACAAGGCCCUCGACAUCGCAACGGCAUCAGCAGGCCUGGUGUUCCGCCUUGGGUCGGGCGCUUUGGUCAACGGUUAUCGCGUGUCCUUCGAGAAGGCCGACACUGACACUCCAAAGGACGCGCCACAGACGCGAGCGCCGAGCGGCCUUGACGAGGAUGAGUACACCUUCGUGACAGUGGCUGGGCGGAAGACGGUAGGUAGACCUCUAACUGCAAUCACGUGAAGAAAGCUACAGUCGCAAUUUCCCAACCUCUAAUCAUCACUUAGGUGGAGACCAACAGGCUUGGGAAGCGGCCUGCCGUCCCGCUAGAGCUCUAUGAGUUCGAGGGAUGCCCAUUCUGCCGAAAGGUGAGCGACGAGAGAGGAGAAGGGGGAGGGGCCGGAGGGCGACAUUCCCUGUGUGUGUCUUGACUGUCGUGUGACGGUCAGGUUCGUGAGGCUGUCAGCAUCCUUGGUAAGGCCGGACGGACACAAGAGGAGACGAAUGUGAUGAUCAUCGACCACUUUCCCUCUCUCCCUCUCUCUCUGCGUGUGUCUGUCUGUCUGUCUCCCUGCAGACCUGGACGUGCUGUUUUACCCGUGCCCCAAGGACGGCAAGGUGUAUCGGCCACGGCUAGUGGCCCGCGCGGGAAAGAGCCAGUUCCCAUACCUUGUCGAUCCCAACGAGAAACUGGAGAUGUACGAGUCUGACGGUAAGGAAGCGCCAAGGAGGGGAGGGAUAUAUGGAAGGGGCCGAGUCUGUUGCACAAAGCAAGCUGCUGUCCCACAUGUGUGUUUGUGCGGUGCGCGUGUGUUCGGUUCAGACAUCAUUCAGUAUUUGUUCGACACGUAUUCUGACGGCAAGGUGCCCCUCUUCCUGCGGCUCGGCCCCUUCACCACCAUCACCUGUGGGCUCGGGCUGGCACCGCGACUCGGGAAGGGAUCGAGAUACAUACCGGUAUGCGUGUGGCCAGCCAGCUGGAUGGAUGGAUGGAUGGACAACAUAUGUCCUCCUCUGUCGCAUUUGUGUCUGUGUGUGUGUGGUUUCAGAGCAAGAGCCCACGGGAGCCGCUCAUUCUAUGGGGUUAUGAGGGAUCGCCAUUUGUCAAGAUCGUGCGAGAGGUGCUUUCAUCCCGCGAGCUGCCGCACCUGAUGAAAUUCUGUGCGAGGGGCAGCCCCAAACGAUCGGUAAGGUUUGUGAGGCCCCUGCCUGUGUGAGUGUGCGUGGAAUGGAUUUGUGUGUCUGUCUGCCUGCAGGCUCUGCUCAAGAAGACCGGCACGUUCCAGGUGCCGUAUCUAGAAGACCCCAACACAGGUGUCAAGAUGUUCGAGUCAGCCGAGGUAUGUGGGCGUGCCGUGCGGGAGUGUCUGUCGGCCGGAGAUGGGAAUGAUUGCGUUGCGUGAAUGUGGUGUGGUUCUCUCUCUUGGGCUUCAUUCAGAUCGUCAAUUAUCUGAAUGACGAGUACGGCGUGUCGAGCGACGAGCAGCAGCCUGUGGGCACCAGCAGCAUGACCACCACCACAUCAGCAGAUGACAGAUAGAUAGAACCAAAUACAUGACGCAUGGUGAAUAAAUGGCAGCCAAC